AGGCGCUGUAGUUCCGCCUCUGCCUUGCCCCCCCCCCUGUCUUCCUCGACGUCACUUCCGGAGAGAAGAAGCCGCCCUCAGGGAAGCAGGUUGCAAAAUGGCCUCGAAGGCCCUCUCCGGAUGCCCUUUUUCUCAGGAUCGGGGGGAAAGGGCCACAACGGAGACCCCCGACCCCAUUAUUUGGGGUCUCACAAAAGGAUCUCAAGGGAACCCGGUCCGCGUCUCCUUUGCGGAAGUGGCGGUGCUCUUCUCCGAGGCGGAGUGGGGCCUCCUGGGUCCGGAGCAGAGGAGCCUCUACAAGGAGGUCAUGAUGGAGAACUAUGGCCACACCACCUCUCCAGGAUCCCCGAAGCCGGCCCUCAUUUCCCGCUUGGAGGACGGAGGAGACCCUUUCGACCUGGGAUGGAUGGACAGGGACGGGCCUGCAGGAGGCAAUGAGAAAGAAGACGUGUUUCUCCCAGAGGCAGCCAGGCACGAAGCAGGCAAAGAAGGAUUGUGGAGUGAACCGAGUGUCCAAAGGGACCGAUCCAAGAAAGGAAAGAAGAAGCCAUUGACUUCUCAGAGGAUAGAGAAUAGCGAAAUCCAGGAUCCUCCGGAAAGUCACCACCAAGCGUGUCCUGUCUGCGGGAAACUGUUCAGAUUUAAAUCUCAGUUUGUUAUCCAUUGGAGAGUCCACUCAGGGGAGAAGCCCUACAAAUGCACAGAAUGUGGGAAGAGCUUUGGCCAGCUCUCGUGCUUAAAUUCGCACCGAAAGCUCCACUCGGGGAAGCCCUAUCAAUGCCCGGAAUGUGGAAAGAGCUUCAUCAAAAGGUCUGCCCUUACCAUACACGAAAGAGUCCACACAGGAGAGAAACCCUAUCAAUGUGUGGCAUGUGGGAAGAGGUUCACGGCAAACUCUGCCCUUGCAGUACACCGAAGGAAACACACAGGAGACGGGCAUUAUCCGUGCGCGGAAUGCGGAAUGAGCUUCGCUGCUAACUGUGCCCUUAGGAUACAUCAGAGGAAACACUCAGGAGAGAAACCGCAUCAGUGCCCCGAAUGUGAAAUGAGUCUCCCGAAUAAGAAAGCCUUCACUCGGCACCAAAGGACUUGCCGAGGGGAGAAACCCUACAAAUGCAUGGAGUGUGGGAAGAGCUUCAGGUGGUCCCAUAAUCUGCGUUCGCAUCAGAGGACUCACACGGGGGAGAAACCCCAUAGGUGCAUGUUUUGCGGCAAGGGGUUUAUCGAUAGCGGGUCGUGUAUUAAACACCAAAGGAUCCACACAGGGGAGAAGCCCUAUAAAUGUACGGAGUGUGGGAAGGCCUUUGUGAGCAGUGGGUCGUGUCUCAAACAUGAAAGGACCCACACCGGGGAGAAACCCUAUCCAUGCAUGGAAUGUGGGAGGAGGUUCACUCAGCGGGAAAGCCUGUACGCACAUCAAAGGACCCAUGACGGAGAGAAGCCGUUCAAAUGCUUGGAGUGCGGGAAGAGCUUCAGCCAGAGCAGCCAUCUGACUUUACACCAGAGAACCCACGCAGGAGAGGAACCACGUCAGUGCAAGGAGUGUGGAAAUGGAUUGUGCGAUUGUAGUACAAUCCAUACAGGGGACCAACCUUAUAAAUGCGUGGAGUGUGGAAUGAGCUGCAGAAAGGAGGAAUGCGCUAGCCAUCAGAGAAGCCACAUCGGGGAGCGGCCAUAUCAAUGCGUGGAAUGUGGAAGGAGCUUCAAUCAAUGCGAAAAUCUCCAUGCGCAUCAGAGGACCCACACCGGGGAGAAGCCAUUCAAAUGCUUGGAAUGUGGGAAAGGCUUCAACCAGAGUGGGAACCUCACACUACACAGGAGAACCCACACCGGGGAAAAACCGUACCAGUGCGCGGAGUGUGGAAAGCGGUUCAGUAACCGCAGUACGUUGAAGAUGCAUGAAAGGAUCCAUACCGGGGAGCGGCCUUAUAAAUGCACGGAAUGUGGAAAGAGCUUCAGUCGGGGCGAGAUUCUGAUCGUACACCAGAGGACCCACACCGGGGAGAAACCCUUUAAAUGCACCGAUUGUGGGAAGAGCUUCAGCCGGAGCGGGAGCUUGACGGUGCAUCAACGAGUCCACACAGGGGAGAAACCGUUCAAAUGCUUGGAAUGCGGAAAGGGCUUCAACCGGAGCAAGAAGCUAGCAGUGCACCAAAAAAGCCACGCAGGAGAGAAACCUUGCGCAGAUUGUGGAACGAAUGCCCAUCUUACGGGAGAAUGCACUCGCCGUCCGAAAACAUUCACAGGGGAGAAACCAUACAAAUGCAUGGAAUGUGGAAAGGACUUCAGCGAACGCGGUUUGUGGCUCAAGCACCAACGAACUCACACAGGGGAGAAACCCUACAAAUGUACGGAAUGUGGGAAGACCUUCGGAGAUAGCGAAUCGUGUGCCGCGCAUGAAAGAACGCACACAGGGGAGAAGCUGCACGAGUGCGUGGAAUGCGGAAGGAGGUUCACUCAGCGUGGAAGCCUCCGUUUGCAUCAAAGGACCCACACGGGAGAGAAGCCCUUCAAAUGCAUGGAGUGCGGGAAGAGCUUCAGCCAGAGCGGCAACCUGACUUUGCACCAGAGGACCCACACCGGGGAGAAGCCCUUCCAGUGCAUGGAGUGCGGGAAAGGCUUCACCAAUGGCAGCUCCUUGAAGGUGCACCAGCGGACCCACACAGGGGAGAAGCCUUAUAAGUGCCAGGACUGUGGGAAGAGUUUCAUUGACAGCGGGUCAUGCACUAGGCAUCAAAAAACUCACUCGGGGGAGAAGCCGCAAAAGGGGUCCAGGUUGCCAGGAUCACACAACUCCCCUGCCCCGGUGGCUCCGUCGGAUGCCAGUUUGCUUCUGGGAACAAAUGGUCAUGACUUACAAAGAGCUAUAUGACUUCUGAUAAAUGAUAUCUGAUAAGUCAGGGGUCCCCAAACUUUUUAAAAAGGGGGCCAGUUCACGGUCCCUCAGCCUGUUGGAGGGCCGGACUAUAGUUUUUUAAAAAAAAUUAUGAACAAAUUCCUAUGCAUACUGCACAGAUCUUAUUUUGAAGUAAAAAAAAAACCAAAACAAAAAUGAUGAUGAUAAUGAUGAUGAUGAUAAUAAUAAUAAUAAUAAUAAUAAUAAUAAUAAUAAUAAUAAUAAUAAUAAUAAAUCACAUAGUCCUAAACACUUGGGAAGUGUUCAACUUGUGAUUUUGUGAUAUGAAAUCCAGCAUAUAUAUCUCGUUUUCUGUGUCAUACUAUGUCUUUGUGUCAAUAAUAAUAAUAAUAAUAAUAAUAUAAUAAUAAAAAAGGGGGUUGGAAGAGACCCCUUGGGCCAUUUAGUCCAGCCCUCUUCUGCCUUCAUGCACCAAAAGCACAAGCAAAGCACACCUUAAUAAUUAAUUAUUAAUUAAAUAAUAAUUAAAAUACCAUUAUAAACAAGCAAAGCUUUGGAAGGCACACACACCUUUCUCAAUGGAGGCCGCGGGGGGCCUGAUAAAUGGCUUUCAUGGGCUGCAUAUGGCCCCCGGGCCUUAGUUUGGGGACCCCUGUGAUAAGUCAUAUCCUAUCCUGCCUAUAUAAUCCUGCCUGGUUCUUGAGAUGCUUAAGAAGGGGCAAAAUAAAGAUAGAUGGCAUGUUGGUCAAGUGUUGCUAGAAAAAGAAGCUGGGUUGCUAUACGUGUGAAAUUGAGGAGGGGAACCACGUGCGAGAGAAUUUGGUAUCUAUAAGAGCAUAGAGCUCAGCAUAGCCAGUGCUAAAUAUGAGCUUAUGGGAGGAGUCAUGCUCCAGAGCAGGAACCCUCUCUGACUCCAAACAGCACAUCAGGUUGGUAAAAUCAGCAAGCAGGUUAUGUAAGCAAAGCAAUAAAGAGUAGUAAAACAGUAUAAAAUCCAAGAUAGUCCAGAAACUUUAGCAAGAAACUAGAUCCAUUAGUACAGCAGAAACUCCCAGGCAAAAAGCUUAAAUCUUGGCAGCUGACGUUGACUCGACUAAAUAUUAGAAUCAAUAUAAACUCUUUCCAAAAGCCGAAACUGACAGGAAAGCAUUCUCACUCUCCCACUAGAUAACAGGUUGCUAUCUUUCCUUUGCUGUAAACGAGCCAAACGCCUGAGAUUCUGAAAGUGCUGCCUCUGUUUAUUAAAACUCUGCUUUCUGUUCAAGGUUUCACUAUCCUCUCCCUCCGCACCUGGCACAGCAAACUCGGCGUCAUUUUCAGGCUGCUGCUCUGAGAAAAUAAGUGAAAGGUCUUUUCCAGAAAUAUGACCUUGCUCAGAUGCUUGCUCAGGCCUCUCUUCUGAACUUAACUCUGGCCCAAGCCUGUCAUCAUGGACAUCAUCCUGAUCAUCAUUGCCUUCAUGAUGGCAGACACAAUCACAGGCUGAACAGGAUAACAUACAACAGUUGUAAACAGGAGAGACAACAGGGCCAGGCUUUAGCACAGCAGGUUAAUCGCCAAGCUGCAAUAAAUCUUGCCAACUGGAAGAUUGGGAGUUCGAAGCCUGGGUCAGGGUGAGCUCCAGACCUUUAGCCCAGCUUCUGCGUACCUAGCAGUUCAAAAACUGUGAGUAGAUAAAUAGGAACCGCAUUAAAAUGGGGAGGUAUUUAGGCUCUGCAUUUCGAUCAGAAAAAGGAGCAGGUUUAUGAACAAAGACAGCUCUUUGGGAGAGAGAUGGAGCGACAGCACCCCCGGUGGCUGGAACCGAGCACAGCCUCCAAAGAUGCCGGAAGAUGGAAAAGCCUAUAUAUGCCUCUAUCUGUUGUCUGUCUUGUCAUUGUUAUGAUUGGCAUUGAAUGUUUGCCGUAUAUGUGUUCUGUGAUCGGGGUGAGAAUAUAAAUACUGUAAAUAAAUAAAUGUUCUGGUAAGAAUUGAAAAGGUUAAAAAAUACUUUUACUGUUGCAGGUAAUAUAUCUCAAAUAAAAAAUGUAGACAGACAAA